AUGCCUGUGCCUCAAAGCAAGCAGCAAAAGCGCUUGAAAGAGGUCAGCAGUAGCAAGCAGCGUCAAAAAGAGGCUGAAGGGCGCUCUGUGGGUCUCAACAACACUCAGGCAAGCCCAACUGCGCCAAGUGACCAACAAGUGCGCCCUGCUGCUCCAGUGGAAGACCAAGAGCACCCAGAUGAGCUUCAUGGCAGUCAAGAGCACUCAGAUGCAGCUCAGGGUAGCAAGAAGCGCCCAGCUGAAGAACAGGGCAGUGAAGAUGAGGAGAUCAGCACCAGGAAGCGCCAGAACAAAGGGAAAGGCGCUGAGAGGAACCAAGAGAGCGCUGAGCAGCCAGCUGAAGGUGCUGAAGGUGCUGAAAAGCAACCUGCAGUCAAGGAAGUUGCGCCAAACAAGUGGAAAGAGCUCUCAGAUGCGCUGACAGUCAAGCUCAAGGCGCUCAAAGACACUGACUGUAACUUCAAGAGCGGCCUAGAGCGCUGUGAUAACUGUCGCCGCAAAGACAUUCCCUGCCGCUUUGAGAAGCAUUCGGCUAGAAGCAAGCGCUGUGUGGACUGCAGGAUUGUCAGGGACUACUGCACAUUCAAGAAAGAAGACCUCUUCCCCUAUGAGGAGGCUGCCAACAGGGCGCGCCUCAAUGCUGUUGCUGGUCCUUCCAGCGCUCCACAGUGUAGCUCAGCUGAAGUGCACCCAACAGCACUGGAAAGGCGCGCAAGUGCAGGCAGCUUAGACCAAGUGCGCUCAAUUGAGGACUCCUUAAGGCACAUGAGCGCCAGAGUGCGCCGACUAGACACCAACCAGGAGGCGCACUUUGAGCGCACUCAGACAUCUUUGGACGCUGUCCAUCAAGGGGUAGAGUGCCUUGCGCCGCUUAUAGAGGCGCUCAUUGCAGCGCAGGAGGACGCUGAGUUGCACCAGUCAGCAGUGGAGAGCACCUUACAAGCACUCAAAGACGGACUGGACAGGCUGCUUGAGCGUCAGUGA